CUCGGUGAAAGAAGCAAAUAUUACAGAAAAAACUUCGGCGAUGGCAAUGAGAUUCAUUCUAUCUAUUUAUGAUGCUGUUCUGGUUCUCAAUGGUUUAUUUAGUCUUCUAGGGCAACAUACUGUAUAAUGACAGAAAAGAAGCUGCGUGUAUCUAAUAAUAGACUAGUUGUCUAACACUACCCCCAUCAAAAUGUCAUAAAUUACAAGCAGAAAUCACAAGAACAACAAAAAACGGUAAAAAAAAUAUUUUUCUAUAUUAGCGGGUUAGGUUUGGGUACUGGCCUCCGAUUUUCACUUUGUCACAUAUAGUUGCAGAUGGGUUAUUAUCAAUUGCGUGCGGGGUGCGGGUGAACGAACAGCUGAUCUGCGCACGGCUACUGUAGGCCUACAUAUAGCCUUUGCUCAUGUAUGGUUGAGUGGCGUAAAAAGUGUCGUUUCUGCCGUGCACAAGGAGGGGCGUGUCUGGGUUGUGUGUGGUUACAGCUGAUAGUCGCAUCCGCCGCUUCCUCCAUCAUCAUCGAUACGACACCGACAGUGGCUGAAGUCGAUAAUAUCGAGAGAGACAAAAACAUCCACUGACCACAUCCUAGGGUCCUUCAUAACCGACCGGAAAGAGGCCAAGGAGCGUCUGCUAAAUGACUUAAAUGUAAAUGUAAAUAACGGACAAACGACUGUGUUGCUAAAAAGAUGUGUGUGCAUCCGGUUCCCCCUUUAACCCAUGAUGACCCACACUGCUUCCCAGUGUGUGAGGCAGAGUGACUCUCUGUCCCCCUUAACUUCUCACCUCUGACCCCUGACCCCUCGCCAUGGGCAGUGUGGGUAGCGGGGUGGCAGGGGAACAGGAGUUUGCCAUGAAAUCAGUGGGCACUAGGACCACCCUGCCCCACUCCCCGGCUCUGUCUCGCCAUUGCACCGCUGACCGUAGCUGCAGGACCGAACGGCUCCCCCCAGAGACAGUCUCAGAGGGAACCGCGUCUAGUGAUGAAAGAGGAAGUGUUAGUAUUGGUACCGGGACUGGAACUGGGACUGGGACUGGAACAGACCGGCCACCGGACUCUGACACAGACCAUACCACUACAAAGGCAUCCAACUGUGACCAGGAGGAUCCAUGGGUGGGAUAUGGGAACGGAGCAGGAAGGAGGGAGAGGGAGUGGGAGAGAGAGAGGGAGAGUAGAGGGACGGAAAUGGAGAGCAAAGAGAUGGAGAGAGAAAGAGUAUGGGAGAGAGAAAGGGACAGGGCAGAGAGGGAUAGAGAUAGGGUAGAGAGGGAUGGAGAGCGGGAGAGGGUUGAGAGAGAGAGGGAAAGAGAGAGGGUAGAGAGGGAUGGAGAGCGGGAGAGGGUUGAGAUAGAGAGGGAAAGAGAGAGGGUGGAGAGAGAGACACAAGGAGGUUUUGUGAGUCUGGAUGUAUGCAGUAACUUGGUGGGACUGGUGGGGAAUGACAGUGGUACUGGGAUGACUCCCCACCAACACAGAGAAACUGGAGAGAACAAAACCGACAAUCACAACAACCCUCCAACCCACAACCCACCCAAAAUCCUGCCUGUCUCUGGCAAACUAGAGCAGAACAACUCGGGGCUGGUUCGUCCCUCUGCCUUCAAACCAGUGGUUCCCAAGAGCUUUCAUUCCAUGCAGAACCUCCUUGGCCCAACCAGUGGGGGUGGAUGUGAGGGUAGGGGUGCGGGGGGGCAGAGAGAAGGAGGAGCAGGGGGAGGAGAACUAGUGGCAGUUCCAGAGGCCCUCCUCCUAGACCAGGACAGCCCAGAGAUGGGCAGAUGCCUGGCAGAGGGAGCAGGAGGGGGUAAGGGUAACAGAGGGGUCCAUGGAGGGAUGUCAGCUUCGGGGAGGAACUCCCUAACCAGCCUGCCCACAUAUGCAGGCUCUGGUUUGUGCUAUGGGCCUCAAGAGGCCCUGGGGUCUCUCAGUGCUUCUACCAGCAAUAUCAACAGACUAGGGACCACAGCUGGAGCUGCAGUGGCUCUGGAAAAGCUGGAGCAACCAGGCUACCAGCAGCUGAACCACCUGGGGGACACCCCAGCACCCCAACGUCCCACUCCUUCCUCUGAUGAUGUCAUCCAAGACCUGGAGAACCGGCUCUGGGAGAAGGAGCAAGAGGUGCAGCACAUGUGUCGUAACUUGGAGCAGAGCGAGGCCGCCAUCGUCCAGGUGUUUGAGGAGAAGCAGCGUGUGUGGGAGAAACAGAUGGAUGAGCUGGGGCAGAACUACGCCUCUCGUCUGCAGCAGGUGACCCGUCGUGCCCAGCGCUCCCAGAAUGGCCUGCAGGCCCAGAUCACCCGUCUGUCGCAGGACAAGCGACGUCUGCAGGAGGAGAUGGCUGCCCUGCUGGCCCAGAGAGAGGAUCUGGAGAGGAAGUGUCUGCACUUCAGGAUGGAACAGACUGACAUACUGCCACGCCUGGAUGAGACCAAGUGGGAGGUGUGUCAGAAGGCAGGGGUGAUCUCCCUGCUGAAGCAGCAGCUAAGGGAGAGCCAGGUGGAGCUGACCCAGCGGGCGGGGGAGAUGGUGGCCCUCAGGGGCCAGCUGAAGGAGGCCAAUUCCCAGCUUAGGGACCGGGAGGAGGCCAUGCUGGGCCUCAAGAACUCAUAUAGCUCCAAGAGCCUGGAGCUGGAGAGCUGCCAGGGAGAGCUGAGGAGGACGCUGACCGAGGUGUCUAUCCUGAGGGAGAAGCUGGGUGUGUUUGAGGCUGAGGUGCUGGGUCUUCAACAAGCUCUGUGGGAGAUGGGCGGAGGGGUUGAUCCUGCCAUAACCCAAACCCUAGGAGCUGUGGGGCUACUCCCACCCUGGGGGGCUCUCUACUGCCCCCGCACUCCCCCAGAGCCCUCGUCCACCCCUCUCACCCCCACCUCAGAUGCCCUGCUCAGCCUCCAGAGUGACGAGGCAAAAGCCCAGCGGCAAGAGGUGCAGAGAAAAGAGAGGCAGCAGCGUGAAGAGGCCCAAUGGCAUGACAUGCAACAGCGCCAGGAGGCCCACCAGCGCCUGAAAGCCCAUCUAUAUCAGGAGGCUCAUCUCCACCAGGAAGCCCAACUGCGCAAGGAAGCUCGACUUCAUCAGGGGGCCCACUUGUGUCAGGAAGCCCACUUCCACCAGGAGGCCCAGCAUAAGUGCCAAGAGACCCAGGUGGAAUCAGGGAACCUGCGUGAGCAGCUGGAUCAGCUCCAGGGGACCUUACGUCUAGAACGUCAACAGAGAGAGCGCCAGGCCCUUAGUUUCGACCAGGAACGAGACAGCUGGAUUGACGAGAAGGAGCAUGUGCUGAAAUACCAGGCACAGCUUCAGGUCAGCUAUGUGGAGACUCUACAGAAGAACCAGGCUCUGGAGCAACAGGUGGGACAGCUGGGGUCCAAACCCACCCCCACCCCCACCCCCUCAUCCUCCUGCUCCCCUCCCCCACCACCGGCCCUGUCAACCUUCCCUCCCAUGCCCUCAGUCCCUCUCCCUGCUCCCCUUUCCCUAACCCUCUCCCCACCGCCUUGUGAGGACAUGAAAGGUUCCCCUUCCCUCCUCCAACUGCCCACCCCCUGGGCCGGACCCUCACGUCUAGAGAGGAUAGAGUCCACUGAGAUUUAGAGAGGCUCCAUUUUAUUUAAUAUCAACUUGAUUACAAACUACACAAUUGGAUAUACUACAAGACAGAUUAAACUACAAUGCAGAACUGCACAAUAUAUAGUGAAAACAAACAAUGCAAACUGAACAGCAGAGAACCAUACAAUUGAGUUUAGACUAUGAACACAAACUAUAAAGAGCAUAGAAAUACAAAAAACAUAAACUGAACUGCUACACUGUAGAAUGCAAUAUAAACUAUCAUUGACAUGGUUUAGGUUAAAUAUUGAAAUUAUUUGCCUUUAAUGUAAAGUAUCCAGGCAGUCUUGGUGGGAAGCAGUGACACUUAAAGGGAAGCAAGGAUAGCACCAAAAGUUUCAAGACAAUAACAUUGUAGCUUGAUAACGUUAUUCCUCUGGAAGUUUUAAUGCAAACCUGGAGAGUAGUUUGCCAAAUUGCAUGUCUAUGGUAAUGAGACAUGAGGUCAGGAGAUAAGAAAAUCAUAUUUUAAGAAGAUUUUAGAUGAUAAUCAAGAGUGAUAUUUUGGAGAAUGUGCUUGUCUUUGGCAUUUCUGGGGUGAUGAUACUCUCAGGUGUGUGAGGGGAUGUUUUUGGAGACCGUGGUUAAAAUUGGGGAUGAAGACUCACAAGUAUUUUUUAACAUGAGGAAAUUAGGAAAAUAGUGGUAAAGGUGAUUGGUAGUUGGUUGGUUCCGUUUCAGAAAAUAUCCUCAAAUGGCUUGAGAUUAAAUGUAAUUGACUCUGAAUGGUUCUUAGUGUGGGGCAAUUGGAGAGCCUGGCUCUCUGACACUGCAAACCGUCUGCGGUACCUAAAGAUGAACACAAGGGGUCAGCAUUAAGUUGUGUCAGGGCUAGAGCCCAACUGAUUGUAUAGGUUCACUGAUAUUAUCUGCCAAUAGUGGCCUUUUAACACUAUAUUGGUAUCGUCCGAUAACUCCAACGAUAAGCGAUAUUCAAGAAAUAGUGUGAAAGAAAAGGGAAUCUAAUGCAUUUCUGUACACUUGCAGCCAUUCUCAUGGUGUGUCAUUAUUGUCACAAUGUAUGAAAUCAACAUUUGAAGUAUAGUUAUUAGACAAUUUUGGAUGGCUAUUUAGGAGAAUUCAGUGUGGAAAAAUUACACUUUUUCUUAUUGUAUCGGUAUGUUUUGCGGUCCCCAAGCUCUUGACAGGGCUCCCCACCAGCAGAGAAAAUGACUUUAUUCCAUGGUCUGGGAAAGAGACAAAGCAGCACACUGGCUUUACUCUGAUAUUGUUGUUAUUUAUACUUUCAGAUAAUGCAUUUAUGACCAAAAGUGGGAUGAGAAAGUGACAAUAGUGAGCAGAAAGAGAAAGGACAGAGGUCAAACUGCCUUCACAUGUAAAGAUAGACGAGUGAGAGUACUGUCUCCAGGCCUUUUAAAUCAGCAAGGCUGGGUGCACAUUUUUCAAAGUGGGAUUCAGCUCAUAGAGUUAGAGAGCCACACAAAGAAAGACAUUGCCUUCCCUAGAUAUGGUUCAGAUUUACUGCACUGUGUCCUGCUGAGGAGGUCAGACAGAAUGUGGACAUGUUUAUUCCGUUAUUAUUCUUGUGAAUCGGCAGAGUGUUAUUUGUUUAUUCCAGUAUAUCAAGAUAGUUAGACACUACCUGUGAAUAUUUUUUUAAAGAUAAUUGUGACUAUUAUCAUCGUUAUUAUUCUUGUGAAUCGGCAGUGUUACAAGCUUUUCUUUAAUGUUUUUUUUUACUGUAUAUAUGAAUGCUAUAUGACUCUACUACAUGGUACAACCACAUCAAUCAUCUCCAAAGCCAUUGUUUGUUGACUUUUAAUGUUGUUGAUAUCAGUGUAAUUAAUAUAUUGUUUUAGAGAGCGAAUUGUUAUUUACAUUUUUUAUAUUUAUGUUACUGUAAUGGCUUGACAAAAGUCUUUCCUGGCUAAAUCAAACUGAAUCAAUAAAGAUGCAAGUAAAUCAACAUUA